CUUUCAUGACCCAGUCAUUAGAUCUUAUCUGUGUGUAUCGUGUAUCUCAUCGGCGUUACCACAUAUUAUACAUAUCAUAUCAGACUUAUAUAUUUAAGGUUUAUUUAAGGCCUAUCUUUCAAACACUACAAUGAUGGGCGUGAUGAUUCCAGAGAUACUAUGCUUAAUCUGCUCGCACCUCGAUAUCGAAGACAUCCGCAGAUUCCGACUAUGCUGUAAAGCUUUCGCAGACGCUGGUGCUUGUUUCGCCUUCCGGGAGAUUAUAUUUUAUCUGCAUCCCCACGAUUUUGACAUGCUCCGGCACAUUUCUCUACAUCCUAUUGCGUCCAAGAAUGUCCGCUCUCUGAUUUAUGUUGGCCAUACUUUAGAAUCGCCUAAGAAAUCCUGGGAUGAAUUUCAAAAAUACUAUUCUGACAUUCGAAGCGUAGAAAAGAUCAUAGCCCAGCAUGCGAAUGAAACACCGCCACCACGUAUAGGAAACCAGCAGCUCCUGAGGCUCUACAAGAAUUACGAGGUCGCUAUCGACGAGCAGGAGAAAAUGCUGAAUAAUAAAGAAGAUAUAUCUUGCCUCAAAGAGGUCAUUUCUCGCUUUUCGUCGCUUCAGGAAAUCACCAUGUCAACCCAGUUUGAGUUUGGGCGUGGUACCCGCAAGACUCCAUUUGAAGGAUGUCUAGUCAAACCAGGUGACGAGUUAACACCGAUGGGAUGUCGGCAGCUUGAUUCUCUCCUAUCUGCUGUCUUCGAGGCCGACAUCAAGUUAAGGAGACUUACUGCCGGUACGUUCAGCUGGCAGUUCUUCCAGAAGCCGGCCGUUGAACUUCGACAUACCCUUUCCUUUUCUUCUAACCUUACGUGUCUCGAGCUAUGUAUCGAUACCGGCGAGGAAUAUUUCCGUGUUGGCGUUGCGGAAGAUGUACUUGGCGGAACAGAGGUUCCGCAGUGUCGCCAUCUGUUAGAAACGGGAUUAUUGCGCGACUUCAUCAAAUCGUUAUCUCAGCUACAGACGUUGUCUGUCGUUUUUAACUGGCAUUCGGAUGAACACGGAUAUGCUGCACGGCUCGAGGAUAUAAUGGAGCCGAAGCAUAGAUGGGAACAUCUCGACAGUCUGACGUUGGGAAAUAUUACAUGCGAACGGCAUGACCUAAUGUCUAUGCUCAGAAGACAUAAAGGCACUCUCAAGGCGUUAUGUCUCCGAGACAUUCGGCUGAGAAGUACGUCAUGGCGGUUGCUUCUCCCCAAGAUUCGGAAGACGAUGAACCUAGACGAAGCUUGUAUUUGCGGCGAGUUGUAUGGGCAAGAGGAAGACUCGCCAUAUGAAGAAUAUUGGGAUCUUGCAUUACCAGACACCUUCGAGGACGUGCUCCGCGAUGACGUUAAUGACUACUUGGUCAAUGACAACAUCAGGCGUUGCCCUCUUAAUGAUUAGAACGGCCACCUUGAGUGAUGUCUACUAACGAAAGGCGGGAGUGCUAUAACUAAGAUUGUCUUAUUGGCAGUCCUAUUUGAAUCAUCGCGAGAAUCCUAACGACAUGAUCUUGCCAUAAGGACCUUGUAGUGGGAAAAUCGAAAUCUUCUCAGCUGCUGUACUUACGAUUAACCGCCGUAAGUAGUCUGGACCUUGUAGUCGGAGUUUGGCACAGGAAGCUCAUCUGAGUCGCGAGACUGAGGUCUAUGCCCCCGCGAGUUUAGCCCUUUCUCAAGUUUGAGAAUUUGGGUAAGGUCUGAGAAUAACAAUAUUCGUACUCGGAGUUUAUGAGGGCCGUGAAAUAUGACUGGCCUUGAUUAACUUUGAGUGAUAAGAGGGGUUACCGCCGCAUACCGUGCGGUGGUAGUACUGUCAUGAACGCCGGUUAUAUACACUGCGGACCGGUAAAUCCUGAUUAGUUUAAUAAGCCUUCAUGAGCACAGAUAUGACGGGGUGUUUCUUAUCGUAUAGAAUUCAACUACACCCUCGUGUUCUCCUUGUGCAUUAUCCUUCUUCCCGUCUAC